AUGGCAGCAGAUGAAGGCACACAGGACACCUUGCAGCUCCAGUUCAAGGCCAUGCAGGAGAUGCAGCACAAAAGGUUACAGAAGCAGAUGGAGAAACAGAAGGAAAAAGAACUAAGCCUCAAAAUCAAAGUCGAUGACCAAAAAGAGCCCUUGAAGAUCUCCGAUGGCUUCAGCCUUCUCCAAGCUGGGGAGCAAAACUCAAAAAACAGCUUUGAGCAGAGGAUGCUUGAAGAUGAGAUUGCACACCUUCGAGAGCAGCUCAGGGAGACGGUAGAUGAAAACGGGCGAUUGUAUAAGCUGCUGAAGGAAAGGGAUUUUGAAAUCAAACAUCUCAAAAAGAAAAUAGAAGAUGACAGAUUUGCCUUCACAGGGACAGCUGGUAUGGCCGGGGAUGUGAUUGCCACCAAAAUUGUCGAGCUGUCCAAAAAGAACCGGGUGCUGACGGCAGAGUCAGAGGGUGCGAAAACCAGAGUGAAGCAGCUGAGCAAUCGCAUCCAGGACCUGGAGCGGGAACUGCAGAGGGCCCUGGCCAGGCUACCAGCCAAGAUGGCCACCGACGCGGGAGCCAAGGCGCCGAGGGCUCAGACGGCAGACAGAGCCUUGCCAGAGACCCCAGAGGUGAAGGUGUUGCAGGACAGGCUGGCAGCCACAAACCUGAAGAUGAGUGACCUCCGCAACCAGAUCCAGACAGUGAAGCAGGAGCUCCGGAUGGCCCAGAAGGUUUUGACCAGCGAGGUCGGGGAAGAUGUGAAUGUCCAACAGCUCCUGUCUUCCCCAGGGACCUGGAGGGGGAGGGCUCAACAAAUUCUCGUUUUGCAAAGCAAGGUUCGUGAACUUGAGAAGCAGUUGGGACAGACCCGGAGCCAGUCUACAGGAAUGUCCGGUGAUGAGCCAUCUGCCUAUCCAGACCCAAGGAAACUCUCAGCACAGGAGAAAAACCUGCUGAGGAUCCGCAGCCUAGAAAGAGAAAAACAGGAGGGCUGGGAGAAACUUGUUGGUGAGCGAGAUGGCCUCCAGAGAGAGCUUGAAGAACUGAAAAAGAAGUUUGAGGGUUUGAAGUCCCGGAAUAAGGUGCUGUCGAGUGAAGUGAAGACCCUCAGGAGUCAGAUGGGGACGCUGGCAGAGAAGGGCAGGCAUGAUGAUGAGCUCAUCGAUGCCCUCAUGGACCAGCUAAAGCAGCUACAAGAGAUUCUGGGCAGCCUGAGUCUGCAGGAGGAGAAGAGCCGGGCGUCGCAGCACCGUCUGGACCAGCGUGUCAACAGUGAGGCCCAGCGGAGCAGCAGCCUCAUCACCCAGCUGCGGGCCAUGGUGGCUGAGCGGGAGGCCAAGGUGCAGCAGCUGGAGCAGGAGAUUGGCCAGCUCAGUAUGCAAUAUCGUCAGAAUAAAGGAAUGGACAAGGGGUCCAGUGGGACUGAGAACCACUCAGCCUACACCAAGUUCCUGGAGGACCCCAUCCAGACCAAGUCCCUGGCCUCAGCAGGUGAUCACGUUGGCAGGCUGGGAUCCUCUCGCUCCGUGACCAGCCUGGGCCACACGCUGGUGGAAUCUGCUCUCACGUGGCCUUCUCUGCCCAGUCCUCAUGGGGCCUCACCCAGGUUCUCAGACUCCCCAGAACAAAAAAGCUGGCAGGCACAGGUAACCGAGUUCAAGGCCCUCUGGCAGGCCGCUGAAGUGGAGCGUGACCGGCUCACGGAGUUUGUCACUGUGCUGCAGAAACGGGUGGAGGAGAGCAACAGCAAGCUUCUGGAAUCUGAGAAGAAGCUGCAGGAGGAGCGGCAACGCACUGUGGUGCUUGAGCAACAUCUGGAGAAGAUGCGCCUGGAGCCCGGGAGGACGUCGGUCAGUCAGAAGGCAGCCCCCAGGAGCAAAACAGGUCUGCCCACCUCCAACACCAGGCACAACCCGAACGGGAGUGAAAGAAAGGACUCCUCCUUCACCCAGCUCUCCAAUGUGCCCAUGGAAUCACAGAUGGAGGAGCUGACCACCAGACUGGCCAUCCAGGUGGAAGAGAAUGAAAUGCUGAAGGCUGCCCUGGGCAGUGCCCUGCGUGGAAAGGAGGAGGAUUUCCGAAUGUACCAUGAGACCCUGGGCCAGGUGAAAGGGGUCUUUCUGCAGGCCCUGCGGCAGCAGAAGGCGGACAGUGCUAGGAUGGUCGCCGGGUGUCAGCCUGGAGGGACGGGGCAGCCAUAGGCCUGGAGAGGACUCCAUCUGUUCCUGGAAGCCAAGCUGGGGCAACCACCUCAGCUAGAAGAAGUUCUCCUAGAAGAAGUUCCCCAAGGGUGAGCAAAGCCUGCACCUCAGACCAGGAGGGCAAAGGAGAAGCCCUGGUGGAGAGCCCAGACAGGCCAGGCAAUGGCAGGGGAGAAGGACCGGCGACCUGCUCGGCACCAGUGAGAGCCCUGGGACGACAAGCCAGCUCUGAACAGACAGAUGCAGCCCCUGGGGCAGGUGCUCAUCACCCGUGGCCUUGGGCCUAGCUGGGAGGCCCUGCAUGCCCACAGGGCUCCAUCCAUACCAGACAGCUCUCAGGGCUCCAGCUGCCA